AUGUAUUUCACACACUGUCCGCCCGGUUGGACAAAAGGUGUGGACAAUGAAUGUCUAAUAAUACACGGCGAGACAAAUACGAAAACCAAUUAUACAACUGCACUGAAAACAUGCGCUCAGAAAUAUAACGCCAAGCUCAUUUCAAUUAAAAGUGCAGCCAAGAACAAUUUUAUAACCCAGUGGUUUAAGGAUCAAAAGUUCGAUGCUUAUUUUUGGCUAGAUGCUACCAGGGUGCUAAAAACUGACAACUCGGACAGCUUUUAUUGGUAUAAUGGCGAUCAGCUGACGUACACCAACUGGGUAGUGGGUGAACCUAAUGGCAAUAACCUCGGGGACAUCGAGGGCGUCGAGGUUUGUAUAAAUGUGGAAGCACCCAGUUCCCCGAUGAACUGUCCGUGCGGUUGGACUAAAGGUGUUGACAACGAUUGCCUACUAAUACCCGAUCUAACAUCUAACGGAUCCAAUUAUACGACUGCACUAAAAACAUGCGCUCAGAAAUAUAACGCCAAGCUCAUUUCAAUUAAAAGUGCAGCCAAGAACAAUUUUAUAACCCAGUGGCUUAAAGGUCAAAAGUUCGGUGCUUACUUUUGGUUAGAUGCUACCAGGGUGUUAAAAGCUGACAGCUCGGACAGUUUCAUUUGGUCUAAUGGGGAUCAGCUGACGUACACCAAUUGGGCAGAGAGUGAACCAAAUGGCAAUAACCUCGGGGGCAUUGAUGCCGUCGAGCUACUUAAUUAA